AUUCAAGAUAAGGUCUACUUCUCUGAAGUCUAGCAUGGCCACUUCAGAAAGCUUUGAUGCUGUGAGAAAUCCAAUGUACAAGGCACCCUCUCUGUUAGAAACUCUGAGCCGGAGUUUUGUUACUAGAUUUCUUGGAUCCUUCAUCUCUACUGGCUGCGUAACUUUACAGGAAGCAGGCGCCGCAGAUCUUACUUUUGAGGGAACUAGUAAAAAAUGUUCUCUAAAAGUUCAUUUGAAAGUUCACAAUCCCCAGUUUUACUGGAAGGUAAUGACACGGGCAGAUAUAGGCCUUGCAGAUGCUUAUAUUGAUGGAGAUUUUUCUUUUGCUGAUGCAGAUGAAGGACUCUUGAAUCUUAUCAUGUUACUGAUUGCCAAUAGAGAUCAUGCCAAUAAAUCUGCUUCAAAAUCGAACAAGAAAAGGGGUUGGUGGACGCCUUUGUUAUUCACAGCUGCUAUUACAUCCGCGAAAUUAUUCUACCUGCAUGUUCUAAGGCAAAAUACUCUUACACAAGCUCGCAGGAACAUCUCUCGUCACUAUGACCUGAGUAAUGAAAUUUUUGCGUUGUUCUUGGGUGAAACAAUGACAUACUCCUCUGGAGUAUUUAAGAUGGAAGAUGAAGACUUGCAAACGGCACAGAUAAGGAAAAUUUCUCUUCUGAUUGAAAAAGCAAGAAUUGACCAGAAGCAGGAAGUUCUUGACAUAGGUUGUGGCUGGGGAACCUUUGCCAUUGAAGUUGUGAAACGAACUGGGUGUAAAUACACUGGCAUCACUUUGUCUGAGGAGCAACUGAAAUUUGCAGAGAUGAAAGUGAAAGAAGCUGGCUUACAGGACCAUAUCAAGCUUCAACUUUGUGACUAUCGUCAAUUGCCUGAAACUAGUAAAUACAACAGAAUCAUAUCUUGUGAAAUGAUAGAGCAUGUUGGACAUGAAUUCAUGGAGGAAUUCUUUGGUUGCUGCGACAAAUUAUUGUCAGAAGACGGGCUUCUCGUUCUACAGUUUUCAUCAGUACCAGAAGAACGUUACGAGCAAUACAGGCGAAGUACAGAUUUUAUUAAGGAAUAUAUAUUCCCUGGUGCAUGCGUGCCUUCAUUAAGCAUGGUAAUAUCAGCCAUGAGUGCUGCCUCAAGACUAUGUGUGGAGCAUGUGGAAAAUAUAGGAAGUCAUUAUUACCAUACAUUGAGACUCUGGAGAAAAAAUUUCUUGGACAAUCAGAGCAAAAUUCUUAGCAUGGGAUUCGAUGAGAAGUUCAUUAGGACAUGGGAAUACUACUUUGAUUACUGUGCAGCUGGAUUUAAGUCAUAUACGCUUGGGGAUUAUCAGGUUGCAUUCUCUCGUACUGGAAACACUGAGACAUUGGGGUAUCCAUACAAAGGUUUUCCAUCAGCAUACUCUCACUUGUCUUCCACAGAAGGCCAAUGAACCAAUCAACCAAACUAGUUGUGUAGCUCUUCUCUUUUUAUUUGUUAUUUAAGAAUUUGGUAACAGCAUCAAUAAAUUUGUUCAAUUGAAAAGUCUAAUCAAUAAAAAUUUCAUUAAUUAUA